AUGCCCAGAUCUCCCCUACAGUCAGAAGAUGAGAGCGCGUGUAGAGUGAGCAGCGAGGCGUGGGAGCAGCGCCUACUCGAGGCAGAAGUCCUGGACCAAACAAGGUCGAUUAUGGAUGGCUGGCGUGCAGAAGAGUCGUCCUUGGAGCCAGACCUAGAUUCUCUUUGUUUCUACGAAUCAUUGGUGGCGGCAUUUCACCUUGGAGAUGUACCAUUGGUGAAGUACUUCUUGGAAGAAGGAGUCCAAAUAACUUAUACACUGAGCCGUGAUGCUCUCAGUGGUGCGGUACCAGAGAACAAGAGACCAGAGAUCCCUGAAAGUUUGUACCGACAUGGGUGGGAUCUCAAUCAAAAGUCACCAUGGCGUUUUACAAUCUUGAGCGAUUCUGUCAAGAAUAAAGGAGCAGUUCGAUGGCUGCUUGAUCACGGAGCAGAUUCAAAUCCAAUAACACCCAUCUAUUGUGUCCCGAUCAGCAUUGCUGCCAAGGACGCCUCUCUGGACACCAUCAAACUGUUACUUGAACGGGGUGCUGAUCCCACCAGAAGCAUUGCUCUGAGAUACGCGAUCAUGAGAGAUGAUGAACACUGGAAGACUGUGAUAGAGACACUCCUUGAUCAUGGUUGUGGUAUUAAUGACUCCAACAGCUUUGGUAUAAGCCACAGAGGAAGGCCUCGUAUAGAUCCAGGGACUGUACUGCAUUCUGCUGCCUUAUGGAACCGCCAUCAUAUGAUCCCGUUCCUGCUGGAAAAAGGUGCUGAUCCGUUGAAGGUUACUGAGACGGGACUUACGCCUGCGCAGUAUGCCUUGGAAAACGGCAGUGAGGAAGCCGCGAGUAUUUUGGCUGAGAAAGAGAGACAAUCCAAUGCCCGGCAGGGAGAAGUAUAG